CGCGAGAGCGAGCGAGAGAGCGAGGAGAGUGGCGCGAUCGCAACGAUCAUCUCUCUUUCUCUCGGUUUCUGUUUCCACGCAACGCGCGCGCCCACGACGACGGCCAGCCCAUCGACAGCGUCAGCGACGACGACGACGACGACGAGUAAGACGAGAAGGACGAUUAUUCUCCUUUCUUCUCUUUACGAACGCGACCGUCACCACCGUUCGCCCUCUCACCUGUAUGCCUUGCGUACGCCCCCACCUUCACCGAUUUUCCAUGAAUGUUAACAUUGUCUUCCCACAGCCGCUGGUAAUGCAAAUACCCUUCCUUGAUCUGAAGUCUGCGAGAUGGUUCUCGUCGUCAAGCUCCAAUUUUAGCUGAGAGUAAUACAGAAAUAGUGAAACAAAAAAUUGGUCCAGCUUGGUGGUAAUGCGGGGAUGUGGAUCUGCUUCGACCCGAUAGGAAGCCGAGACGGCUGGGGUGCUUCCAUUUCGCUGGUCGUGCUUCUUUACUGGACCUCCAUCACCAUCGAUGCCAGCCUAACGAAUGCGGCCGCGUCCAAUGUCCCGCGUAAUACCGUCACGUCGGAGAUAUCGGUACCAACGUCGGCACACCACGAGAACGACGAAUGCAGGAAUGUGACCACUGACAAUAGAGAGGGUACUGGACUGUCAGUGGUCAGCCAUGGAUCCGGUUAUCCUCAUUCGCCGAUAGUGCCUCCAACCUUCCUGUACGGAGCUCUUACCUGCCAACCCUAUCAAGGAAUUUAUGUGAACCACAUCUACUUUCAACUCGCAAAUGCCUUCUUCCUAUUGUCACACCUUGCACCAAGCGGCAUACAUGGUGUACUCUAUUUAAGGUGCACUCUACUCGUGGGCUGUGCCUUUCUUGCUUUGUGGGGCUGGACAAUAGCUUGCUGGCUGGACGCUGCUCUCUGGAAUGCUCUCUUUGUUGCCAUCAACUUCGUCCAUGUAUGCACGCUUCUUUACAAGCUCAGGCCUAUCAAGUUUUCAAGAGAAAUCGAAGAGGUAUACAUCGCAGUGUUCCAGCCGUUACGGGUGUCUCGUCAUCAAUUCAGAAGGGUGCUAAAUUGCAUGAAGGUCAUUCGCCAGUUAAAGUAUCAAGAGGUUUACGCGCAGGAGAAAGUGACCAAGGUCGAUUCUUUAUCGUUGGUGCUGUCGGGAAAGCUAGUGGUCUCGCAAAAUGGGAGAGCGUUGCACAUUGUCUUCCCACAUCAGUUCCUGGAUUCUCCGGAAUGGUUUGGCGUUUCGACAGACGAGUACUUCCAGGUGUCAAUAACAGCUAUGGAGGAGUCAAGGAUAUUAUUAUGGCAUAGGGACAAACUAAAAUUAAGCAUAAUUACCGAUCAAUUCCUGCAAGCGGUAUUUGAUCACAUUCUGGGCAGAGACGUAGUUAAGAAAUUGAUGCAGGUCAGUGAAACGAUGGCUGCCAGCAGUCAUCAGCAGCAGAAUGGACAGAUAAUUGGUCUGGGUGGAAUUGGAGCCUUAGAAAACGACGCUGAUACGAAGCUUUUUGUUGUAAAAAAGACUGGGGACAGUCAAGGCAUCACUGCUCUCAUCAGUCGUCAACUUCAAGCGGCAGGAGACCCGAAUGCUUGGAGAUUGGGAAGAAUCGAAGAGACUGAUCACGAAACACCUGUUUAAUGGAAUGAUUGUUAAAUCGAUGUCAUCCUCGACAGUCAAUAUAACAUAACAACACCGGUGUUUUUACAUAAAUGCGAUUACGACGAACUGACAUUCAUCGACGACUAAAACGGCACAAAGGCACACUUCGACUGUGCGCGGAACAACAAUUGAACAUUCUCUUGCCAAUUAAUAAUUUUUCUCACGACUAGUCAACUGUAUGCGAUAAUACGCGCGAGAAAUUCCAUCGUUUUUUGUAGCGUAUAUAAUAUAAUUCCACCCUAGUUUGUAAAGAGCGACGUAUGUAACGAUAAGUUUAUGCUUCCAGUGUAUCUCGUUGAGUAUGCCUGAGCAAUAUGAAUUUUACGAGUGGCUAUUUAUAAUUUUACUUUCGUGAAGUCGUAUGUUUUCUGACGUGGGUGAAUAAUGACUAUGACUUUAUAAAAGUGUGUGUGUACAUUGAGAUACGAUGGUAUGAGGAUGGCACGUUCGCGGCGGCGUAACUUCUGUUAAUGCAAGGUCUGUGAUCGCGAAGGUACUCGGUAGGAAGAGUUCAGGGAGGCCUAAAGAAACUAAUUCUUUCCCAUACCCAGAAAUAGUGCCUUUUUACUUACACUUCCUUUCUUAAUGUUUCCACGGAGAAAAUAUUAUAUGUACAGUACUAUAUAUAUAUAAUACAUAUAUAUAGAUAUAUAUAUAUAAAAAAUGUAUGACUUAAUGUAUCUAGUAGAGUUCUCCAAAUGUCGCUGUAUUACAUGUUCGAAGGUCCAUGUUUGUGAUACUGUUAAUCAACUGGUGUUAAUCACCGGGGUCAAGGAGGCACACGAAGUUACGCCAUUAUUAACGCAUUGGAUGUUACAAAGUGCGAGGUAAAGGGGGUAAAUUGUUGCGAAGUUUAUUCGUUACAUUGCUGCUAGAUAUGCCGAAUUGCGUGCGUAACAUUCGACCUUUAACGUAAAAAAAAAGAAUGACUAUGAAAUUGCUGCAACCUGUUGUUGUGUGAUCGACGCGAUCGUCGUACCAUUCACCGCAGAGUGUCAUUGUGUUUUUGUUAUGGUUUCUUUGCGAACGAUGCGUACGGUAAUUAUUUCGCAUGUUUGAUUAAGCAGAAGCAAAUUCCAAGUAAACUUCAACGUUUCAGCUGUGUAAAACCGAACUCUUGUAAAACCGAAACCGACGAUAAUUAGAUACCUAUAAAAGAGUCACUAAACAUUACGAUUGAGAGAAUAAAAAAAGAAAAGAAAAACGAUAGAAAGUGAGACAGUAUCAGGAUAAUGGAGCUUAAAGCAAAAGAGUCUCGGUUUUGUCGAUUUAAAAUAUUCUAAUAAUCAAAGUACCGGAAAGGGAGAGUCCCUCCUGAAAGCAACUUUGUUCGACCUUUGCAACUAUUGUAUUGAGGAUUAGAGAGUCACGUUGCUAAAAUAUCGAUAUCAUGCCCAGUUAAGGUUGUAAUACAUACUUUAAAAAAAGACUUUUUAUAUGUACAAUCAUAACACACAUACACACACAGAACAUAUUCUAUUUCGAGUAUUACAGAUAGUUUACCGCAUGAUAUAACAAUUGUUCUCUAUUACAUAUACAUACCGCAUAUCUAUAACGAUAUUUUGGUCUUGGGGGAUAUAUCAUUUUACAUAGUGAAAUACGAAAAAGAAAACGUAGGAAUGCCUUUUGAUAUGUACAGCGUGUGUGGAAUGCAGGACCAUGAGAUUUAACAUCUUUUGCAUACGAACCGUAUACAAAGAGAGUGGAGUGUGUAUUACUUUCCAUGAAUGUGAAUUAUAUGUUAUUGAAUAUUUGUUGUUUAUCGUCUCUAAUUGUUGUUAUGAUUAUUUUUGUACGUGAGAUUGUUUUUAGUAACAUAGGUAUUAAAAGAAAGUAUGGGUGAUGAGAGAGAGAGAGAGAGAGAGAGAGAGAGAGAGAACGAAAAAAAGCGAAAAACAGGGAGAAAACGCAAAUCCCACAUUGGAUACAAUAAGAACGAGUAUAAAGUGAUGAUGCGAAUAAAGAAAGUUAGUUUUAGAA